UAACAGGAACUUGGCAUUUCCUGGUUGUACUGUUCAAAACAAACUAAACCACGUAUGCUAACAACGAAAUUCUCAUGUGAAGUUGCUGUUACCUCGAUUGAAAGGACGAGCCGGUUUAAUUCUAGUGUACUAGUCUAUUUUUAUAGUGUAAACCGACAAUGAACAUGCAAUUUCAAGGAGUCAUGAGGAUUAUUUUACCGACGCUGUGGGCUAUUUCAACCAUCGCAGAGGAAAAAACGAAGUCGCCAACAACAACAGGCAUUACUGCUGCUGGCAUCACCAAACAUGUCAUGAAUUCGAGUGCCAAUAACGCCAGUAACACGACGUACAAGAACAAUCAUGCCAACCUUUUCGAUGUAGAUAGUUCAAUGAUACAAAGGGCCUUGUACGUCCUUAUUGGAAUCACCACCAUUGGAGUGCUCUAUUUCCUCGUGAGAGCUGUGCGGCUGAAGAAAACAACAACCUCUAAGAAGAAGUAUGGGCUGUUGUCAAACUAUGAUGACAGUGUGGAGAUGGCUGUGCUGGAGAGUGAUGAGGAGGAUGACACUGUAUAUGAGGCCAGGUCCCUAAGAAGGUGAGUGAGAUCCUAUGACAGAUGAGUCUGGGUCUUGUCAAAUAACACUCAGUGGACUGGGGAAUGAAUGGAGACAUUCCUAAGGUGCAUUUUUCAACCGUUAUUAUGGCAUAUUUUUGUUUUUCUUAUUCUCUUGGACCUGAAAAAAGGAAAACUGGCUUUCAAAAUGACUGAUCUAUCCUCCAAUGAGCAUUUAUUUUGUCUAGCUGCCUGGGUAUGAAAAAGACAUGGUGUUUUUGGUGACAAACAAACUUACGUUUGAUUCUAUCUAUGAAGAGGAGGAAAUAGGAUUUGUAACAUAACAGGAGUCUAAUGCCAAAGUCACAAAGUUGCUUAAGUGAAUGUGAGCAGGAUAAUUGUUCAAAUCUCCCUCUGCCCACCUUGAACUGUGCAUAACAAACAACAACAACAAACAACGAAAGAUCUCUUCUAAUCAUCAACACGGAUCCUCAAUUUCCUGGUCGAUGUGGUGUUGCCAAGGUUUUUUUUCUUAUUUUUUUAUAUAUUUUUUAGUCAUUUAGCAGACGCUCUUAUCCAGAGCGACUUACAUUUGUUUCUUUGUCUCCUGACAAAAUACUGUUGCCAUCCUAUAUAUUUUGAUGUCUAUCUUGAAUCAUACCUGGACCAUUAGAGUUAGGCUAGUAGCUAAUAGCCUGAUUAGUGAGUGUGCUUACAAACUACUGUAAACUAAGCUAGCCUACCAAUAUCCCCACCCCAUUUUGAACUAUGCACCCGCACAUGAAUGUUGUAUUGUAGGAUGUACCUGCUCUAUUUGGAAAACCCAGACCUAAUACGUUUGUAAUACUAUUAAUACUUUAAAGAAAUAAGUUGCUCAAAAAGCAAGACUUAAGCCAAAAAUGUUGACAAUCUUAGACAGUACGGAAUGUGUCUGUAAUUAUAGCCCCUUAUUUAGGAAAUGCAGGCGAAUCAAUAUGCAAUUCCACUGGCGAUUGAAAAAUUAAUCCCUUCCCCUCUAUGUUUAGGCUACCUGUAACUCUGUAGGAGAAGCACUUAUAAUAGUAUGUUAGGCCCACUCAUAUCAAUUAAACUGUAAUUUCAGAUUUUGGUCAACAAUAAUUUCCCAAUGCCAACCCAUUGUUUUCAAAUCCACCUAACUAAAUUAUUUAAUGUGUUCUGAGAACCUUCUCUUUUUUCAAAAACAACACAUUUCAGAGCUGGUUCUUUGCUUUUGUUUAUUUGUAUACAUGGUUGCUGUUGACUGACUCAAAUAAUGUUCUUUUUUCCCCCACGCUAUUUAUAAAAUCUAUGUAAUUUGUCCAGAGACAAUUUUCUGUUGCAUUAACACAAGCUACUAAAAGAACAAGAAAGGGUCAACACAAUCUAUUUAUUUUUAUUGAUCAUUUUCCAACCUGGUUAGUCAAAUAAAGGUUUUGAAUCUAUUUUGGUGUCUUAAGUUUCCAAACCAUACUCAAGUUGCCGAAAGAGGAUCCCUGGAAAAGUAUUUGUCGCUACUGUGCUUGCUUCCAUAGCAAUUCCCAGGGGGAAAUGAAACAAUGUGACACAUUGAUUUAUAAAUUGAAACAUUUUGGUUAAUCGUGCCUCCAUUUCCGGGAGGUAACUGUAUUAUAGUUUCCUGAUAAUCAGAAGAGACACACAGGCAAGAGAUUUCUCUUAAAUGAGCAACAACCCCACUGAAAAUCCCCCAAGGUGUCUCUCUUGUGAUUUAGCCUAUUGGAAAUUGAUUGUACCCUUUUAAACAAUGUCAAUGUCUGUACUAGAAAUAGAUGAAUCUUUUGUAAGAAUAUUAAUGCCAGCUGGACCUGAGCUCAAAACAACUGCCAAAUCACGUCUUUCCCUCGUCAUAUGAUUUGUUUCCUCUCAAGGUGGUUUUCUGUCUGCAUUCCUUUGUCUGUGCAAAUCUUGUAUUUAACGGUAGCAAGGUCAGUCAUAUGACCUCAGAUAAUAAAGGCCUCAAUAAAACUUCUAUGCUUUGACUGGAUCUAACAAAUAUCAUAAUUGUUUUCAUUGUUAAUUUUUUUGCCUUCAUCUAUGAACUGUAUGUACAUUCUGAUCAGCAAUAUCAUUCCUUUGUCAAUACUGUGGCCUGUCCCAGUCCUGUUUUGAAUGAGGCCAAAGUGUAUGUAUCUGUGUGUGUAUUAAGUGUUGUAUUCUCUGUUCAUUUGAUGACAAGUAGUGCUGUGUGGAUGCUGCAGGGCUGAGGCCCUCUGGUUGGUUGGUGGUGGGAUACUUAGGCUGUUACUGUUGGCUCUUUUCACAUAAUGAUUAAAAUAAAAACAAAUAGAAGUGAGACUUUGA